UGUACGUGUAUGUUAUCUCAUAGUUUUUUCUAAUAACUUAGCUCACGGACAUAUAUGGUUUCCAAAGCCCACUCAUCGCGAUCCAAUACCUUCCCGUGUCACGACGUACCUCCCGCCCCACGGUGGAGAUCUACUACUGUACGGUCCUUCGAUAGCCGAGGCGGAAUUGUCUGGAUCACGUCUUAUCCUCCCCGAGUCCUCUCACCGCGCGCCAUCUAAAUCUGUACCUCUCUCUUUUCCCCUUCUUUCCUCACCCGGCCAUGGACUUCACGCGUAUUAUUAUUCUGCUCACCUUCUGGUUCCUUUUCCGCCUCAUCAAAAGCCGCUUCUUCCCCGAUAAACCCAUCAUGGCUCACGGAAAAGUCAUCGAGGUUGACAACCCCGUCAUCUUCAAGGCCCUGACCUCGUCGGGCCCGGUCGUGGUCGACUUCUUUGCGACCUGGUGCGGGCCUUGCAAGGCCGUUGCCCCUCAGAUCGGCAAGCUGAGCGAGACCUACACCAAUGUCCGGUUCAUCCAGGUCGAUGUCGACAAGGUGCGCUCCGUGGCGCAGGAGCUGCAGGUCCGCGCCAUGCCGACCUUUGUUCUGUACAAGGAUGGCAAGUUGCUGGACAAGCGCGUGGUGGGUGGGAAUGUGCGGGAGUUGGAGGAGGCUAUCAAGAGCAUUGCUUAGUUAUCCUUGGUAUUGAGGUUCUUCGGAGCCGCAGUCGGGUGCAUGGCAAGUAUAUAUUAUCUCGCAUGAAGCCUUUACUUGGCUGCUGUGAUCUAUCAUAAUCUGGAAAUUGCAGACACACCUCGACGAUCAACUCUUCCACAAAUCUGAACUUCAUAAUUUAGCGAUAGCUACGCUCCAUACAUACAACGUGAUCAUCAGAUAAAACCGCCACAUCAAAUAGCAACGGUUA